AUGAGCGACACGAAACGCUUCUCGCGGCAAGAAAUUUCGUUGCGAAACAGUAAGAGUGAUUUAUACGUGAUCAUAGAUAACCGCGUGUACGACCUGACCAAAUUCCAGGACGACCACCCCGGUGGGCAUGAGGUGCUGCAACAGGUAGCCGGUAAAGACGGUACCGAGGAGUUUCACGACGUGGGGCACAGUCUCGACGCUAAGGAACUGAUGAAGAAAUAUUUGAUGGGCGAACUUGUCGAUGAGGAUCGUGUGGAGCUCGAGAAACCACGACGGGUCUGGGAGGCCACAGCACCGACUGAUACUAGCAACCUAACGGACCCUGUUGACGAAGGUUUCCUGUCUUCCUGGCGACUGCCCGUCGUACUUGGCGUGCUUGCUACUCUUCUUUACUAUCUGUUCCUUUAG